AUGUAUUCAGUACGGCAGAGCUGCCAAUCCGCGCUGCGGGCCUCGCGCUAUGCGUGUCUGUAUGCCCACAGCCCCGCGCGCGCCUUUUCAUCCAGCCCCGCCUACUCAAGAGGCGCUCUUCCCAGCUUCCUCCCCCCGUCCUCGCCCGACCUCGCCUCUCUCCUCUCCGCCUUCAAUUCCAAGGUCCUGCUGCCGUGCCACCUCACAUCAGAGCAGCAAAAGCUCGUCUACUCGCAAGAAGCCCGCGCCAAGCUCGAGGCCGAGCCAGUGGAAAUCACCCUGGGCGAUGUCACUCUCCCCCUCGAGCACAUCGACCGCAACAAGCUGCCCAGCCGCUGGCACACGCUACGUGACAUUGUGAGGAAGAGCGAAACCACGGACGACUGGGAAAAUGUCCUGCGAUGCCUCGAGGGCUUCGAGGAGGCCGGCAUCAAGGUCAAAUGGGAAUGGCAACAGAUGGUUAUGAGGGCUCUCGGCAAUGCUGGCAGGCAGAACCUUAUCAUCAAGGCGCUGCAACGGCCAAAGGCCUCAGGCAUCCGCCUAUACAACUGGGGUGUGUUACUCCAGGUUCUGAGAGCCGUACACGACCAGGCCGUCAUGGUCGAUUGGCAACAAGAAGAGACGAUGAAAGCCCUGAAGAUGGCAAACCAGGUCGUCGAACUCAUGGAAAACAAGCUGCACUGCGAGGGUGACUGGGUCCCCAAAACAGACGUCGGUGACUGGAGGGGUCACCCCGCCGUUGUCGCGCUGCCUACCGAGAUGACUGCCGUCAUUGCUGAAAAGUACGGCGGCGACAAGGAGGCUGUCCAGAAAAUGGCGAACCGCUUGGUAGCUGCCAUUGAGCAGAUCGACUACAUGACCACCGUCAACACCAUUGCCGCCUACGCAGGCCAACCCCCUGAAGAAUUCGCAAAAAGCAUCCACAGACAGGGCUUCAUAUUGCAACUUUGUAGUAAACUCAUCGAACUCGCCAUUGUCUGGAACGCGCUCAAAACCUCACGCAAAGUGCUCGCCGCCGACAUGCCCUCUGCCACGGAAGCACAGCAGUACGAGGCCAAAAUCGAACACGUCAUCAUGCAAGGCGUGGCCAAGCUCAACAGCCUGCAAACAAUCAAGGGGCCCGAGUUCCGCUCUAGCACGGCCAAUUAUGUCAUGGAGAUGGUGGAGAAGUGUCAAUAAGCGCUAGAGUCGAGGCGUGCUCUGCUGUAGGAAUUAGUUGUUUGAGUUGGUCAGUGACGAGUUACAUGAUAGGAGCUAGUCUCCCUAUGUAUAAAUAUAAAAAGAAUACACUGCAUCUGU